GAGGGAGAAGCCACCGGCAGAGAGCCAACCAACCAAUCGCCCCCCGCCUGAGCACCCGACAAGCGAUGGAAGCCGCCACGGCCACCUCCUCCCCUCGCCUGACCCGCUCCGCCUCCCUCUCCGCCGCGCGCCUGCCCCGCUCCCGCGCAGCCAGGUUCCCGCCGUCCCCGCAGCUCUGCCCGCUCUCCUCCGCCGCCGCGGCGUCGCCGCGCGCCCUCCACCCGCUCCGCCGCGCCAGGUCCGACGCCGACCUCGCCUCCUUCACCAGAUCCGCCGUCCUCCUCCGCCACGCCCCGAUCCCGGCCAUCCUCGAGGCCGACGAGGAAGAGGAUGACAGGUCCCCCGCGGGCCUCGACCGCCUCCUCGACGGCGCCGGCGCCGGCAGGAACGGCGUCGGCGGCAGACAAGGCGGCGGGCAAGGCGGCAACGGGGGAAGCGGCGGGCAGGGCAGCAGCUGCGACAUGGGCGAGUACUACCGCCGCGUGCUGCUGCUGGACCCCGAGAACCCGCUGCUCCUGCGCAACUACGGCAAGUACCUGCACGAGGUGGAGGGCGACCUGGCCGGCGCCGAGGGCUGCUACGCGCGCGCGCUGCUGGCGUGCCCCGGCGACGCCGACCUGCUCAGUCUCUACGGCCGCGUCAUCUGGGAGGCGCGCCAGGAGAAGGACCUCGCCGAGGCCUACUUCGAGCGCGCCGUGCAGGCCGCGCCGGACGACUGCUACGUGCUGGGAUCGUACGCGAGCUUCCUGUGGGACGCCGAGGAGGACGACGACGAGGCGGCGCCGGCGGCCACCGCCCCAGCGGCGGUCGCGGCACCUGCUGCGCCGUGCGACGACCCGGCGUUGGUGCCCGCGUGCUGAGCGCAUUCGCCGGUGGACCGGGCGGUUCGCUCUGCUUGAUCGGUCUACGGUUUUGCUACAGUAUUAUUGUACAUAGGAGGACGCGGGCCGGAUCGGGACGGCGGCGGAUGUAGCACCCGUGCGCGGUAGCGUAGGUCAGCUGGCACCGCCGCCGACGGAUCGCCGUCCGAUCCGCCCACAAAUAACGAGGAGGCUAGCCGGCGGGCAGUAGUGAUCCAGUGCAGGGGAUGAUCCAUAUCGACGGCGCGAUGUCAAAUGAGACGGUGACAGACUGGCAGGAGCAACACACGGCUGCCCGGAGCUGGCUGGCGCCAUCGCUUCAGUUAGAGGCGUCGACGAGAGCUUCAUUUCCCCUUAAUUACUAGUAUUGACAGGUGUAUAGAGCGACCUUGUACUUACUAAUCUAGCUUGAUGAAUAACACAACUUACUGAUGAUCUAGCUAUUUCAGCUCUUUUUAGGUGAGAUCUCAUGCUUUCUGCUUCGAUCGAGCUGAUCGAGGAGCGAGCUUCCUCGUUGAAUCAUGUAUAGUAUAAUGCAUGAUGUGUGUUCUUUUGUUUUAAAGAAAGAACUGCAUGAUGUAUGUAGUA